CGUGAAUUGAAUGUUAUAUAUGGACCACAACUGACUUUCGAAAUGGCGUCCUAUCUUUUAUAUUUAACAUCAUUAUGUUAUCAUAUAUGCCAAAUGAUAAUAAAAGAACAUAGAAGUGAUAUAUAUUCAAUGUAUCAAUGGUUUAAUAUGAGUUUGUGGGUUUUUUCAUUUCUAUUGAGGCUAUAUGUUAUAAAUUACAUAUGUGAAAGUGUUUCUUUAAAGGCUAAUAAAAUUGACAGAAUAAUUCAUCGAUUUACAAGUACUCUUCGAUAUGCAGAUAUUUGGAAAGAAAUUUGUCAGUUUUCUUUGCAAUUAAUGUAUCAUCAAUUAAAAUUUACUGGAAUGGGUCUAUUCUAUUUUGGCAAUUCAUUUUUUCGGAAGAGAUCUACAAAUGUUCGAAUACCUAUUGGAUGUUUUUUGAACAUUCAUAGUAUGGAUAUGCAAUAA